AGCACCUACUAGCAUCUCAAUUCUUAGCUGUGCUGCUACAAACCUCAUUGUCUACGUACCGCGUCAAGCGACCUAGCGCGUCAUUCAUCCCACGUGAUAGCGCCUAAUCUCGUCGCGUUCGAUGUUCUCGGACUCUUCCAAACGCGACCACGAGGCGAGUAUGAAAGAGUAUGAAAGAGCAACAGUAAUGAAACACUCGUGAUAUCACACCAUGCAUCACGUGUACCUCUUACUAUUGUGUCCGAAUUCUGUCAGCUCUGAGCGACACGUUGAUCAUCGAACAGCAUGCCGCGACAAUUGCCCUGGGCGAACAAAGGUGGAGGAAGUCGAGUUCAGGCGAAACAGCCGUUGAAAUCCGCAAAGAAAACAACACGCAUAUCAUCUGAUAUCGAUGAUGGCUUCUUUGAUGACACCGUCUUAGCGAGCACCACUAAAGGCAAGAGAAGAGCAGUUUUCGAAUCAGACGAUGAUUUUCUUGAUCUUCCAGGAGAUUCCUCGACAUCACGCGCCAGAAGGAGGACAGAAGAUGGGAUUCGCACUGGUCGGGCACUCUCUUCGUCACCCCCUCUGAUUGCGGAUCUCUCUCAACCGCUGUCUGAACCUAUGCGCAAAGGCGUUUCCAUGUUCGACCUUCGCGAUGAUGAAUGGAUGAUGGUCGAAGAUGAGCUUCUAGAUACCGCAAAGUCAUUUACGCGGUAUCUUCACAUGGCAGAGUACGAGAGAUUGAAGGAGAGGAUUGAGGAGAAGAAGAAAGAAGCUGCGAUUGCGCGGCCAGUGGUUGCAGGUGCGAAGCUGUCAGCCGAGGGCACGAUGAAGGCGAAGGCGAAGGUUCAGGAGAAGAGACAUAUGAAAGCUAUUCGGGACGUGUUCGCUUCUCAAAACAACGACAACGAUGAAUUUUCUUCUGCUCGAUCGACGGUAUCAAAACAGCCAACAAAUCUUCACGCAGCUCGCGACACAGAUAGCGACGAUCUAGAUGCUCCACGUCGUCCACCAAAGUCCACAGCCCCUAUGGCAACUAUAAGAGAAUCCCUUGCGCCGACCCGUCCCGUAAACAGGAACCCAAAGUCUUCCUCGCUGCAACACUCCAAGUCAGCGAGCUUGUCUUCAUCCACAACUUUCGUCAAGCCUGCACCUCCUCUGCCGACCACGAGGCCUCGCACCGCAGCCUCGAGAACAAACCGUGCAACGCCGUUCGACAUGCUCGACGACUACGUACCACGAGCCAACCACUCAGUGACCACGAAGGGUCAACACGAAGCGCAGAAGUCACGACCAUCUUUACAAUCAUCCUCGCCUGCUCAGCCAUCCCGCCCCUCAAGCGCCCAAUCAGGCAGAAAGCCAUCUCCAGUCCGACCAAUAGAUUUGUUUGACGACUGGGGGUCCGGGAAGAACAAGGAGGUUGCGGAUCGAUUAGCGAAAAGGAAAGCUGAGAGGGAGAAGGAUGCGAAGGAGAAAGAAAAGGGAAAGGCUGUCAAGCUGGAUGACAUUCCGACAUUUUUGUUUUGAGGAUUGUGCACGGCGUUUGGAUAAUAUACCCGAUAGAUGAUUUCGUAGAUCUCGUAGCUGGUGAGGACAGUUUUCGAGUUGUCAGACUCGGUGAUUAACCAAUGCAUAUCACACUGGUAGUACAAAGACCUCGGCAUAUCAACUAUUCCAU